UGUUCCAGACUGAGUCCUUUGACUGUUGCUCGCUGAGGUUUGGUACGCAACAGACAAUAAUCUCUACCAUGAAGCUGAUGACUGUCCUUCUUCUAGUCACUCUGGCAAUGUGCUGCUAUUCAGCAGCUGGUGCUGAACCUUGCCCAAUUCUCAUCGAUAUUCUCACCCAGUUCCUUUUUGCCCCUGAGCAACAAUACAUGGAGACCAUUGCUCCUUUUGCACCCUCACGUGAGAUGAAGCAAGCUGUUUCUGACCUGAAGCAAUGUGCUCUUAAACUUCCAAUCGAUGUUCUUCUAGCAAAAGGCCGAGUUCUGACAAACGUCCUGGCCAAGUGUUCAGAGAUGUCGUAAUUCCACCAACUAACAGAAGAAUUCAUCACAAUCAUAGCUAUUGAUUGGUUGUGAUACACUUUCAUUAAUCUUUAUCCUGCACAAAAACAUCAUGUUCUUUGCUGCUUAAAUGAUUCUGCUUUUCAAGGUUUGGAAUCUGUAGAGGCUUCUUUUAAUUCACUUUCUGUCCUCUUACUAAAUAAAAAGCAAACUACUAGUU